AUGAUAUAUUUCAAACGGCACAUCCACAACGAAGACUGCAAGCGACAACUACUUGAUGUAGAACGCGCUAACGUUGAUGCCCAGGAUUACUUGACCCUUAUUUUGCUUAAUGCCGUCUUUCCGCCGACAUCUCGGAUCUUGAAACAAAACGGGAAAAGGAACCAAAAACCGACAAUGGCGGAUGCUCAACUUUCGAUAGUACUACGACUUUCAAGCUUGAAUGACUAUGAACGUCGUAUCAACAAUAUAGUCAGGGAAAAGUAUUUAGAGGGAUCAACAAUACAGCCAUUUAUAAUUAUUCACACAUCGUCUGAGCGAAAGCCAUUGAAAAGUAUGGAUCUUUAA